AUGAUCACACUGCUAACACACACACAUAUAAAAGCACAAUCAGCCGUUCGAGUAGAAAAGGAAACAGGAGAAUGGUCCCAAACAAGUGUUGGAAGUAGACAAGGAGAUCUUUUGUCACCACUACUGUUCAUUACAUAUCUCGAACGAGUAAUGGACAAAGCAAUGCAGAUAAACCGAGGAAUAAAUAUCAGUGGAACACUAGUGAACAACCUACGGUUCGCCGAUGAUAUUGAUGUCCUAGAAGAAGAUUGUGACUCACUUCAUCAACAAAUAGAACAAUUAAGAGUAGCAACCGAAAAAGUAGGACUACUCAUGAAUACAAAGAAAACAAAAAUACUUGUAUUUGGUGACAGAAAUAUCGAAAAACAUGUUCAAAUAGCGGGAGACAUAAUCGAAAAUGUAGAACAGUUCGAGUAUCUUGGUAGUGUCUACUCACAUGGAAUAACAACUGUAGCGAUGAAAUCAAGAGAAGAAUAG